AUGCAAAAUAAUUUACAUAUAUCAACAAUAUUUCCUGUCGAAUCUUCAGUUGCAAACCAACAGGAAGUUGAACUUAGUGAUAUUCAUACGAAUGAUGAUAAUUACAAUAUUAAUUCGACAACUAAUCUCUCAUGUGGAAAAUUCAAAUCAUUUACUAAAUUUUUUAAAACAAUGCUUAAAAAAUAUAAUUGUAUCGAUAUAGAAACACGUGGUAUUGAACGUAUAUUAUUAGAAGAGCGUACCGAUUGCAAAACUAUCAAUAUAGCAAUGAUGUGGUUUGGUGCAAACAUAAUUAUACCAAGUUUUGCUAGUGGUAUACUUGGUCCAGCACUAUUCAAACUAAGUCUCUAUGAGUCAUUUGUAACCAUCAUCUUUGGUACUUUACUUGGUAUUAUUCCAGUAGCAGCUAUAGCCUGUUUUGGUCCAGCAUCGGGUCUACGUACAAUGGUCUAUUCUCGUUACAGUUGGGGUUAUUAUGGUGCUUCGAUAAUGUCAAUUUUUAGUAUUAUUGUGGCACUUGGUUGGGCGGCUAUAAGUAGUAUAACAGGUGCACAAACAUUACGUGUUGUAUUUAAUGAUUCAAUACCGAUGGCUGUUGGUAUAAUUAUUAUUUCUAUCAUAUCAAUGAUCGUCUCAUUUGUUGGUUAUAAAUGGCUUCAUAUUUAUGAACGAUAUUCAUGGAUACCAGUAUUUAUAGCAUAUUGUAUAUUAGCAGGAGUUGGUGCAACAUAUUUUACAUCUUCUACAAUGGUAUCUAUCAAUGCAACAACAUUGAACAAUAGUAGUAGUCGUCGUGCACAAAUAUCUCGUAUUCUUAGUUUUGGAGCAACAUGUUUUAGUAUUUCGUCUAGUUGGUGUACAUGUGCAGCUGAUUAUAAUACAUAUUUUUCUGAAGAUACAAGUCAAUUAAAAAUCUUCAUUCUUACUUAUAUCGGUAAUUUCCUACCGAUGGCUCUUCUACAAUUACUUGGAGCAGCUGCGUAUACAGGUACAUAUACCAAUCAAGAUUGGAAUUAUGCAUAUGAAAUCAAUAGUGUUGGCGGAUUAUUAGGUGCUAGUCUGUUAUCUCUUGGAGUUUUUGGUAAAUUUUUACUUCUUUUAUUUGCAUUAUCAACUGUUGGUUGUAAUAUACUAAAUAUUUAUUCAUUGUCAUUAUCCGCACAAGUUAUUGCAUCAAUAUUUAAACGCAUACCACGCUUUUUAUAUACAGUUGUUGGUACUAUAAUAUAUAUUCUAUUAGCUAUUGUUGCUGCAAAUAAAUUUAAUGAUUCAUUAACAUCACUUCUAAGUUUAACAUCGUAUUGGUCAGUAAUAUUUGUUGUUAUUGUGGUAGAAGAACAUAUUCUAUUUCGACGGUAUUCAUUUAAAAAUUAUAAUUUUGAUAUUUGGAAUAAUCGUAAAAGCUUAUCAAUAGGUAUAGCUGCAAUAUUAUCAGGUUUAGUAGGUGCUGUUGGUACUGCACUUGGAAUGACACAAACUUGGUUUACUGGAUCGAUUGCAAAAGCUAUUGCAGGUGAUAGUGGUGAACAAGGUGCAGAUGUUAGUCUUGAACUUGGUUUUGUUUUUACAGCAGUUAGUUUUCCAUUAUUCCGAUCAGUUGAAUUAUAUUUUAUUCGAAAAUAA